AUGCUACCUUUCCAAAAACAAGUCUUGACUGAAAUUGUAACAGAAGAUGGCUUGUUGAUUAUAUCACCUGGAUUAGGCCUAUUUCAGAUUCUGUGCCAUCUGGUGCAAGUGUAUUCGGGCGGAAAUCACUUGAUUCUGUUGAUCAAUACAUCCAAAGAACAGGACGAAUUAUUGCAGGAGCAGUUGAUUGCUCUGGGCGUAUCUAGUCAGCAUGUCAUUCGACGCAUCGAGUACAAUACGCCAGCAGACAAGAGAAGCAGCAUGUAUCGCGAAAGUGGCAUCUUCUCCAUCACGUCCAGAAUUUUGGCAGUAGACAUGUUGCUGGAGCGUAUUCCCACCUCAUUGAUCAAUGGCAUCCUCGUCUAUAAUGCGCACAGAGUGAGACCCAAUUCGAUGGAAGAGCUGAUUUUAAGAGUGUACAGAGAACACAACCAAGAGGGGUUCAUCAAGGCAUUCUCGGAUCGACCUGAAGCAUUUGUCACUGGAUUUGCGCCCUUACAAAACACCAUGAAAUCCCUGUUUCUACGCAAAGUGCAUUUGUGGCCUCGAUUUCAAGUGACAGUAACAGAAGACUUGGCUAAAACAAACAACAAUGUAAUUGAAUUGCGACAGCCUAUGUCAGAGUCCAUGGAUAUCAUACAGCAAAGCCUCGUGCAGUGCUUGGAAGAGACGUUGGCGGAAUUAAGACGAGCCAACCCACACAUCGACGUCGGCGAGUUUACCAUAGAGAAUUCGUUUUUCAAGUCAUUUGAUGCCAUUGUCAGACGUCAAUUGGAUCCGAUAUGGCAUAGAGUGUCUUCAGCUUCCAAGCAGUUGGUGGGUGAUUUGAAGAUUUUGCGUCAGCUGUUAGGAUAUUUGACCACCUAUGAUUGUGUGUCGUUUUACAGCUUUAUAGAGACAGUGAUAGCCGCCAACACUGCACAGGAUGGCAAGCAGAUCAAGCAAUCGCAAUGGUUACUAUAUGAAGCUGGUAACAGAGCCAUUACGGCUGCUCGCAAGAGAGUGUAUGUAAAGCAAGGCGAGAGAGAGUUUGACGAGUUACCAAAACGACAGGACAACUCCCUCAUACCGCAGCAUAUUAAACUCGUGUUGGAGGAACAACCCAAAUGGCAGCUGUUGAAGAGCAUUUUGGCAGAGAUUGAACAAGACAACUUGCAAUUGAAUGACGGUGAAAGUGCGCCUGUAUUGAUCAUGGUGUCUGAAAAACGAACUUGCUCGCAACUGAAGGACUAUAUAACUCGCAUCAAUGAAGAAGAGCCAUUCUUGGACAAGAUUGCACACAAUUUCUUCAAAUGGAGAGUCAAUAUUUACCGCAUGCAAGUAGCAGAACCAGCAAAGCCAUCACCAGCGCCCACUGCCAUGCGAGGCAGGCCACCACCCAACAAGCGAAGACGCGUCAGAGGCGGAUCAGCAACAGCUGCAUCUUCUGCAAGCAAUAGCAGAUCAUUGACACUGGCAGAGACGUUCAAAGACGACGUGGCGGACACCAUCUCGGCACUGGACAGUCGUGAGAACGGCGAGGAGGAGGAGGAGGAAGAUGAAGAUGACACAUUUCGAGGCGUAGGUCCCACCUUGGAUUCAGAAUUGAUACACAACCAUCAGGAUGACAUAUUACCAACCUUUGAAGAGAUACCCAAUACAUCACUGAUCACAAUCCAGUGCUACGAAGAUGAUGCCAACGAGCAAGUCUUGCAAGAUGCACAGCCUCGCUUCAUUAUCUUGUUUGACCCUAAUCCCGCAUUCGUACGUCAAAUUGAAGUGUACAGAGCACAACACCCCACAGUUGAUAUUCGCGUGUAUUUUAUGCUGUACGAAAACUCAGUGGAAGAGCAAAACUACCUUAGUUUAAUCCGAAAAGAAAAGGGGUCGUUUGAGCGUCUGAUUCAUGAGAAAUCCGUCAUGGCUAUCCCAUUACCCGACAAAAGACAAGAACGACAAGAUGCCAUUAUACGUCCAUCCAGCUUAAACUCAAGAAUCGCAGGCGGUCAAGCCAAGGCUGUCACUGGGCCUCAGAUUGUUACGGUGGACAUGCGUGAAUUCCGUAGCUCAUUGCCACCUAUAUUGUACGCUGACGGUAUCAAGAUUGUGCCUUGUACAUUGCAGGUGGGCGAUUACAUUCUGAGCCCCGAUAUGUGUGUAGAACGUAAAUCAAUUGCAGAUCUCGUUCAAUCCUUUAGUUCGGGCAGACUGUACACUCAAUGUGAACUCAUGUCUGCGUUUUAUAAAAUACCUAUCCUGUUGAUUGAAUUUGACCAAAACAAGUCGUUUUCAUUGCAAGCUGUAUCUGACAUGCGAGAGAAUAUUCGAGUCACCGAUCUAUCCUCCAAACUGGUCUUGUUGACGCUGGCAUUUCCCAAGCUCAGAAUCAUCUGGUCCUCUAGUCCACACGAAACCGCUAAAAUCUUUAGUGAGCUCAAGAAAACUGAACUGGAACCUGAUUCUGAAUUUGCAGCGAGUAUUGGCGCAGAGGGUCAUGAAGAUGGAGACACUGUAUAUAACAUGACACCACAAGAGAUCCUGCGGAGUAUGCCAGGCGUAACCUCUGCCAACUAUCGCAUCCUCAUGAACCAUUUCCAAGAUUUGGAUCAGCUCUUCCAUUCACAACAAAAGACAUUGAAGGAACUGAUUGGGGAGGAGUUUGGGCGAAAGUUGUACAACUUUAUACACAAGAAACACACGAGUUGA